AUGCUAAGAAAUAGUUUGCUGGCGAUACUCGCUGCGGUGACACUGACAGGAGCACACGGCCACCAUGAUGUGGAGGAAGAGACGCAGGAGCCACUUGUCGGCUGGACGAAAGACGAUCUGGACGCGAAAUGGGGCACAGAUUGGGGUUUCAGUGGUAUAUCGACCUUUGCUCACCUGGAACACACGAGGUGUCUACAGCAUCCAGAGACCGAAUAUGACAUCGCAAUCCUUGGGGCUCCCUUUGACUCGGUCGUCACCUACAGGCCUGGUGCUCGGUUCGGUCCCAGAGCCAUACGAGCGGCAUCAGCCCGCCUGACUGCCUUCCGAGGCUUCAACCCUCGAGCGAACCUGAACCCAUACCAAAGCUGGGCUGAAGUGAUCGACUGCGGUGAUAUCCCUAUAACGCCGUUCGAUUCCUCCUUGGCAUUGCGACAGAUGAGUGAAGCUUUUACCGACUUAGCGCACAGCAAAGCACCAGCAACCAACGCGAAGUCUGCCAUAUCGUACCGCAACCUCCCCAAACUCCUCACUCUCGGCGGCGACCAUAGCAUCGCCCUCCCUACCCUCCGCGCCCUAAACAAGAUCCAUGGCCCGGUAGCUGUAGUCCACUUCGACGCUCAUUUGGAUACAUGGCACCCGGCCAAGUAUCCCUCCGCCUGGAUAGCCCCCGAAGACCCAACGCAGCAAAGCUUCUUCACCCACGGCACAAUGUUCUGGCUCGCGCACAACGAAUCCCUCAUCCUCGAGGGGAAGUCCGUCCACGCAGGCCUACGAACGCGUCUCUCCAACCUUGGCGACAACGAAGACGAUACCGCACAGGGCUGGAGUCGAAUCGCAUGCGACGACAUUGAUGAUUUGGGAGCCGUGGGGGUGGCGAGGAAGAUCGUGGAGCACGUCGGGACGGAGACGCCGGUUUAUCUCAAUAUUGAUAUAGAUGUGAUUGAUCCGGGUAUGGCGCCAGGCACGGGGACGCCAGAACCGGGAGGUUGGACGACCAGGGAGUUGAUCAGAGUGUUGAGGGGGAUCGAGGGGUUAAAUGUGGUGGGUGCUGAUGUUGUGGAGGUUGCGCCGGCGUAUGAUGGCAGCGCGGAGGUGACAGCGUUGGCGGCGGCGCAAAUUGCGUUUGAAGUUUUGACGAGUAUGGUCAAGAGGGGGCUCGUUGAGUCGGGGCACGGGGAGGAGGGCAGGGGAAAGGAUGAGCUAUGA